AUGAGACUCGCCGUUCGCAAUAUACUGCUACUGAGCUGUGUGGGUCUGAGCAUAGCCAUAGGCAUGUUGCCAAUAGCUGCAAAAAUCGCUCCAAAAGCCAUAGGGAAGACAAUUUUGGGUGGCCUUACGAUGGCUAAAACCCUUGGCCCAAGUUUCACAAAACUACUGUCAGGAGGGCAACCGAAUGCUGGUGUGAACCAGCCACAAAAUGGCCCUGCGGGCCAAGCCCAAGAGUUCUUAAACAAGGGAGUGGAAACCGCCCGAACUAUUCAAACACAAGUCUCGAACGUGGGUAAAAAAAUUGUCACCGACUUAUCCCAAAAAGCCGUGUCCUUAGGCAUGAGUCCCGCCCAGGUUGCAAAAGCCACUGAAAUCAUAUCCGGAGCUCAAAAACAAGCAAAUACACUUUUCACAGGCCUAACUCAGGGUGUACAGAAGGCCUUGAGAGGCCCAAACGCAGCACCCCAAGCUCAACAGAUUGAAAAGCAAGCUCAACCCGUAGCCGUAGAGCAAGUACCGGUUGCCUUCGCUCCCACAAUUCAAAAUGCAGCCGCCGCAGAAGCUCCAGUAGUAGCCCAAGAUCAAAUCCAACCCAUAAGCAUGCUGCAGGCACCUGUUGCCUAUGAUCCUAAUGCAGUCCCCGCAAUGUCUCCAAUGGCAGCCCAAGGACAACCAAUUGGAAACCUAGUCCAGCCCUUAAGCAUGCAGCAGGCACCGGUUGCCUACGAUCCUAAUGCAGUCCCCGUAGUUUCUCCAAUGGCGGCCCAACCAGUAGCCAUACAACAGGUACCGGCUGCCACAAUUCCUUAUGCAGCGCCCGUAGUGUCUCCAAUGGCAGUUCAAGGUGUCCCAAAUGGGAAUCCCAGCGUCCAAUAUAUCGCACCCGCUGCUGUACAACAGGGAAUUGCGCCUCAAGUAGUCCCAGGAGUCCCAGGGCCAGCUGCCCAAAGCCCGAACAUUGUUCUUGCCCGGACUCCCGGUGCUCCAACCAAUGAAGCCACAGCCAACCAACCAAUCACCAAGCCAGCAUAAAAAACCACUAACUAUCACUAAUUAAAUAAAUCUAUGUUGCCUUAAAACUUUUCGACAGUAAUUGGAAUUGGUAUUAAAAAUUGUAACCAAGUUAUUUCCUAUGGCAAUAUUAUUUAUGUGGGCGAGAACUUUUCUACUAAAAUAUAUUGGACAACAAUCCCGCAGAUAUUCCAACAAA